GAGCUUUGGGUGCCUAGACUGUGGUUUAUCUUUAUUGGAAAAAUUAUUUCCAGUAUUGUUUUAUCUCUUUUAUGUAAUAAAUGUAACACCUUCCUUGAUAACGUGAUUGAUGCUAGAUAUGGACGGAAAUGAUUUCGAGACACUCUUUAAAAUCGAACCAAAACAAGAAGAUGAUUUGGUUACAAUAAAGGAUGAAUUUACCAUCACUGCACAGUGCUCGAAAUCACUUGAUAAUGAAGAAGUACAACAUCAAACUGAUUGUGAAUGGAAUAUUAAAACUGAAAUUUCCAACGAUUUUAAAUGUGACUUUGGUCAAAACACAACAAGUAGUAAUUGUGAUGAUGAGCAACUGCUACAGUGUGCUAAUUAUGAUUACAAGACAAAUAACAAAAAAGUCUUUAAACGACACCUUUUAAAACAUACUGAUUCUAAAGAUUUUAAAUGUGGUCAUUGCAAUUAUGAGACAAAUAGCAAACGAUACUUUAAACAACACAGUUUACGACAUACCGGUUCUAAAGAUUUUAAAUGUGCUAAUUGUGACUACCAGACAUAUAACAAAUACUACUUUAAACAACACCUUUUAAAACAUGCCGAUUCUAAAGAUUUUAAAUGUGAUAAUUGUGAUUUCGAGACAAAUAACAAAUACCACUUUAAACAACACCUCUUAAAACAUACCAAUUCUAAAGACUUUAAAUGUGCUAAAUGUAAUUAUGAGACAAGCAACAAAUACUACUUUAAACAACACCUUUUAAAACAUAUCGGUUCUAAAAAUUUUAAAUGUGCUAAUUGUGAUUACGAAACAAACAACAAAUCCAAUUUUAAACAACACCUUUUAAAUCAUACCGAUUCUAAAAAUUUUAAAUGUGCUAACUGUGAUUACGAGACAAAUUACAAAACUAACCUUAAACAACACCUUUUAAAUCACACAGACUCUAAAAAUUUUAACUGUUCCAAUUGUGAUUACCAGACAAAUCAGAAAAACAACUUUAAACGACAUCUUUUAACACAUACCGAUUCUAAAGAUUUUAAAUGUGCUCAAUGUAAUUACGAGACAAGUAACAAGUACCACUUUAAACGGCACCUUUUGAGACAUACAGACGCUAAAGAUUUCAAAUGUCCUAAUUGUAGUUACGCGACAAGUAAUAAAUGCCACUUUAAACAACACCUCUUAAUACAUAAAGUGUCUAAAGAUUUUAAAUGUGCCAAUUGUAAUUACGAGACAAAUAACGAACGCUACUUUAAACAACACUUUUUAAAACACAAAGUUUCUGAAGGUUUGAAAUGUGCGCAUUGCGAUUAUGAGGCACAUAAAAAACUCUGUCUUAGACAACACCUUUUAAGGCACACAAACCGUUUUUUACAAUAUUAAUUAAGCAGUGUGUGUUAGCUAAAUGUUUGUGAAUGUGGUAACUUAUAAGUAUUGAUUAGAGAUAAUUCGGCUAAAUUAAAUUAUUUCGAGGAGUUAUUUAUGUAAUCCUGGACGUACAGAAUUGAUUAAACAUGUAAGCACACUAAGAAUCAAAUAAAGCACUUUGACAGACACAAAAGGUCA